AUGUCCUCCCCUUCUACGCCCCGAUCGGCGCGCUCCGCGUCGCGAGCAGCCGACUCGCCUGCCAUGCUCACCCCCGGACAAAAGAUCAAGGCCCUGAUGGCCCAAUUCGACAGCGACUCCGAAUCCGACACUAACACGACAGAAACGAAACCUCAAACCACGAAACCCAGCAUUUUCAACCGCCCACAAUUCGUGACGCAAUCGGACCAGGAGAACCACGACGACGAUGAAGACGACGAGAUCAUCAUGCCCAAGGGCCGCAUGGCUGCUCGUCUACAGUCUGAGAACCAGACCACGGAACCUGUCUCUGCGAUGGAACGAGUGUCGAAGAGUCUGAGAACUGAGAAGGAACGCGAAGACGACGCGGCGGGGUCCUCGGACGAUGAUCUUCCUACGGCCGGUCCGAGGAGAAGGCUUGCGGAUACCAAGAUAAGCGAGGACCGGAUGGAUGAGGAUGAAGCUCGUACGCCGGAGCGGGAACGGUCGUUCUCGCCGCUCUUCGUGUCACCUGGUUCCGAGCGAAAUGGUCGACAGGACGACGAUGGAUCGGACGCGUCGGAUGAUGAGCGACAGCAGCCGAAGAAGAACGCACUAUUUGAGGCGCUCAUUGCAAAGAAGCGUGCGGAGCGAGAAGAGAAGGAGAAUCAGGAGAGACAGAUGAAGAAGGAAAGGGCUGAAGCGGCGAAGCUCGCUGCCGCAGAUGAAGAGGAUGAGGAUGAUGAUAUCGAAAUGGACUCUACGGGAGGGUCUUCGCGCGCGGCUCGCCCCUCUCGAAAAGCGAGCCGGAAAGCCCUGGAGGAUAUGAACCGCGAAACGCAACGGAUGAGCAGGAAUCUGCAAUUGGCGCACCAGGCGACGACCUCGAAAAAGAUUUCCAAGGAGAGUUUCUUUGCUCGAUUCAAUUUCAUGCAGUCUGAGCAGCCGAAGGCGCCUUCAGCGGAUAACUCGUCUAGUAUGGCUGGUUCACAGAAUUCUUCGGACGAGGAGGCUCAGAAGAAUAGGGAAACCCCUCGAACGUCCCCUGUCGUGGGCCCUGCUGACAAGCCGUCGACUGAAGGUGCUUCAACCGAGGCUGUACGAGAGGAGACACAGUUCACUUCUCUUGAGAAAAUGGUUGGACAAGCGCAGCAGCAACCAGAACAGCCUGUGGUCGGACGAGUGGAGGCCCACACUGCCAACCCACCUCCGGAAGCCGUGGAUGUUAAAGGAAAGAAGAAGCUAAUGACUGCACCCUCCAUUCAUGUUCGCCUUUCUCGACAAGCCGUGGCGCAGAAUCAGAUGGAUGAUUCAGACAGUGACUUGGAGGUUGUCACCUCUCCUGCGAAAUCCCGCCGUCUCGCCGCUUUUGAGAACGUCCCCUCGAAGAAGAUGCAAGAAUCAUCUGCUCUGCUGAAACUCAAAGCUUUGGCUCAUCUCACAUCGCCAACUCGCAAAUCCACCAUGAACAAUGCCGAAUUGUCUGCAACAUUGAUCCUUCAGGCCAAAAGACAGGCUGCAAAGGAGAGACAGGAGAAAAUCGAAGAACUCCGAGCGAAGGGUGUUAUCAUCGAAACAGCAGCUGAACGAGCUGCCAUGGAAGAUGAACUCGAGAACCUGGUCGAAAAGGCUCGCAAGGAAGCAGAGGACAUUGCAAAGCAAGAGAGGUCCGCGUCAAAGAAAGGAAACGGUGAUAUGGAUGAUGACGAUGAGGAGGAUGAGGACUAUGAUGGCUCUGAAGACGAGGUGGACGACAAUGAGGACGAAGACGAGAACGAGAACGGCGAAAAGGGGCAUGACUUGUUUGACUCUGAAGCCGGCGAGGAUGACGAGUCGGCAGACGAACAGAGUGAAACUAUGUCGACCGGGGAACCUGAGACGACCACACAACGGCGGAAACGACCUACCCGUAUUAUCGAGGAUGACGACGAGGAUGAAGAACAGGCCCCAACGACGCCCGCCAGACCAAUCAAUGCGACACCACUGUCUAUAGAACGACCUCAGAUUCCCGGUCUUCCUUCCAACGACAUGACGAUGAGUCUUACUCAGGUAUUUGCAGGCACAUUGGGUGGAAGUCAGCAAGAUAGCCAACCACCCUCGUCAACGAUCCCCCAUUCUCUGCCUGAUCCCGCGCAGCGGGGUGGUGAAUGGCAAGAGUCCGACUCGCAGAUUAUGGUAAAGGAUAGCCAAGAACCGCAAGCCGAGACCGCCGAUUUCCUGGCCCGAUACACUCCCUCUGACGCUCGAGUAUCCGAGUCUCCUGCACCUCGGGCCAUGUCACAAUUCUCUUCAAUUCCCGACCCGACGCAGGAUGAAGGUUUCGUUCUCUCACCCUUCGAUCCUUCAAAGAGAUUUAUGGGCACUCCAACGUCGACUGUGGAGACCGUUCUCGUCGACCGAAAUCAAUCCCUAAGCCAUUCCCCUGUUCCCAACCGGAAGAUGAAGCAGCUCCGACGUGGCAGAACAGAACUGUCCGCUAUCGAAGAGCAGGAGGAGAGUGGGUUCGAAGUCGAUGCUAGCGCCUUCAACGUCAUGAAGAGAGCGGUGAAGAAGCCUAAUGUUGAAUUCGAUAGGAAGAAGAGCAAAGCUAAGGACGUGGUGGAGGAAGCAGCCGAAGAAUCCGAAGACGAGUACGCCGGGCUGGGAGGUGCCAGUGACGAGGAGGAUGAGGAAGAGAAUGCCUAUGAUCGGCAGAUGAUCAACGACAACAGCGGCGAAACGGUUGACGAGAAGCAGCUGGCAGCUCUUAACGCUCAACAUCAGAGAACUACGGACGAGAAGCAGGUAGCCAAGCUGAUGAGAGAUAUUACUACCGGUGCUCUCCGACGACGGAAAGGACCCGAUGACGAGUUUGACCUUGACGAUUCUGACGACGAACUCUUGGCCCGUCGCCGACAAAAGCAACGCGAGUUUGCUCGCAUGCGAAAUGCGCUCAUGGCGGACGGAAAGGUUGGCGAACUCGCCGAGAACCCUAAGAAAGCGGCUUUCUUCCGCGCCAUCGAGGAUCAUGAUUCGGACGACGACGUUUUAGAUUUCUUGGACGAGGAAGAGGCCCCCGGAUCUCAGGACUAUUCAUCAUCACAGGAUGCGAAUGCCGCCGGGCAGCAAGACACGACAACCGAUGCUGACAACAAGAGAAAGCGACCUCUUGAGCCCAGCGCUGAGGAUACCUACAACCGCCCUCCUCCUCACCUUCGUCGCAAACCAGCCAGCGCGAUUUCCAAGAAACCCGCCUCGCUUGCGGAGAUCCGGGAGACUCUCUCCUUCCUGACUGAGCAACCCGAGUAUGACUCGUUCCAAGAGGAUGCAUCUAUGGAGGACGAGCAAGCACAUGAAGAUGAAGCCGAGAAUGCCCCGGUCGAGGAACAAUCACAAGAAGAUCUUGUCCCGCGCGUGCACCCUCGCCGUACGAAGGGACCCGUGGUGGAUCGUCUUGCACUCCUCCGGCAAGCGUCGUCCAACUCGGCCACGUCGGCGUCCACACGAGUUGCCUUCCACGCGGGCUCCGGGGCACAGGGGCCCAGCAUCGGAUUCCGACCUCCUCCCAUGCUCCGCAAGGCCACAACCGGCUCGUCGUCCGGUUCGUCCAAGUCUGACUCGCGACGGAUGUCGGCCCCUGCGGCUGGCGGAGCCAAGAAGGGAGCGGUCAACUAUUACACGGCUGCUCGCGAGAGGGAGCGUGAGAAGGAACUGCGCACUCAGAGUCGUGCCGGCGGUUCCAACAUCACGAAAUUGCUCAACAAGUAUUCCGGCAACCGACUGGGCUCGCUGGGAGGUACGGGACAAUGGGAUUAA